AUGGGUUUGUGGCCACAAAGCCCACCUCUUUGUGAUUUCUCUCUAUUUUGUCUUGAUUUGCAUCUGCAGGAACUCCGUGCGGAUUCCAAGACAAACUUGUCAGAUUUAGCACUGGAUUGUUCUUUGUUCUCACUACAUAAACACCCCCACCCACCCACGAGCUAUUACGAAGAGAUGUCUGAAACCGAGUGCAAGCUUCCUGCUAAGAACGAAAAGCCAAAGCCAUGUUGCGUGUGCUUGGAUGAAAAGAAGUUGAGAGACGAGUGUUUACUUUUCAAUGGUCAAGAAGGCGGUAAAUGUGACGACUUGAUUGCCAAGUACAAAGUUUGCAUGAAGGGAUUUGGUUUUGAAACACGUUAA